AUGGAGGACAGCGAGGAGGCCGGGGCUGUGGAGCGCGUGAUCUUGGGCACGCAGCGCGUGCUGAGGAGCACCAGCGCGCUCCCCACCAGGGCCGCGCUGGCCACCGUGGUGCUUGCGGAGGCGCACCCCGAGGCCCAGAAGGACUGCGUCCGGCUGUGCUUCUCGCGCCUCACGUGCUCGUGGUUCUGCAAGCUGCUCCUGCUCGUGGCCAUCACCCAGGGGCUGCUGCUCUGGGGCCCGCUGAGCAACGUGUUCUGGAUCCCCACGCACCCGAGCAGGGGCUGCGAGCAGAGCCUGGACGAAGGCGGCGGCCCAGAGCCCUUCAUGCGGGGCAACGCUCACAGCCUGGCCGGUUGCCAGCAGCUCUGCGAGGCCGCGGAGAAUUGUUCGGCAGUGGACUGGUUUAACCAGACUCGCUACUGCAACCUGUACGACAGGCCGUGCCUCAUACCAGUGGCCGACUGGGACGGGGCCGCGUCCUAUCAGGUCGCCGAAGAUUGCACCCUGGACAACGGUUCUGUGGGCAUCCUGAUCGGAGGCGGCGUGUGCGAUAUCGACAUCCAGAGGCCCACUUUUAUAUCCCUCGUUAAGGAGGGCGCACUGGGGCUUUUGUUCUCGCCCCUGAGCUGGUCGUUCUCGCUGGCGGUGGCCUUCCUGUACACGUGCGUCGCCUCCGCAUGGUGCCGGCAGUGUGUAAAGCUGGGAUGCUCAGACACAGAGCGGGAGGCGAGGGACACCUGCGCCGCCUCUUGCUGCAGGAGAUUAUGUUGCUGUGUCCAGAACCCAUCGGAUCCAGGGCGCCGUCUUGACGGGGGCCUUCUUCGCCGGCGUCUCGUGGUAUUGGGGCUGGCCGCCCAUGCUGGGGCCGUGCUCCGACGAGCUCGGCGGCGGCUGGAUCACCGACCAGCUGGGCGUCCCGCACGUGCGGCUGCCCUUCGCCGCGUGCCUGCCGCUGAUGCCCCCCACGGAGUGGCUCGCCUGCGCCGCCUACGCGCUCCUGCUGCUGCUCGUGGCGUGCCCGUGCUGCCGCGCCGGCGCGGUGUCCUGCGCGGUGGCCCUGGGCUCCGCCCUCAUGUCGGCCUGCGGCCUC